AUGAAUGCGUUGAGAUUAAAGGUUCAAAACAUCGCAUCAAGCAUACAACUUCUGCUCCGCUUAAUGAAGAACGCGAAUCGACAGAUGAAAAUACAAAAUGAUAGAGAAUAUAGCCAUAUCGACUUCGAGAACGGAAUCAUUCAUGGUAAAUUACAGCAAAUAAGAAACCUGUCGAACUUGGACUUCGAUUCCAGAAACCCGUCAUUGACGUCUGUUUGGUGUUGUGAUAUACCGGCUCACUUGAGUAAAACAUUGAUUAUGUUUAUAAGAGAGUACAUCACUCCUUUCGACACUAACUCACUUCCACAUAUAAAACGUUUCGACAAACUUGGUAAAAAUGAAACUAAGACAUAUUUGAGAGCAAUUGUUUGCAGUCAAGACUUCAUAGACGAAAGCGGUCUGCUCAAGGAGUAUAUUGAACAGAACAUAGAACGCAACGACGAAUUCAAGAAUGUCAAGUUUUACACGAAAAUGGUGCCCGUGCAACAGCCAGGCACUAAGGAAAUUGCGCAAGAGUGGUCUCAACUAUACUGGCCAAUGUCAUGGAAAGGUAACCCUUACUAUCAGGAGCUCAAAACUUGUAACAUGGUCUUGCGUAAAGAACAGGAUGCUAUGACCACAUUAUUAACUGCAAUGGAAAACGCUCCAUCCGAUUUACCAAUUGUGACUAUGUUUGCUCGCGAAAACCCGGGGAAGGACACACAUGAAAUCAUCAAAAUAUUUUACGAUAACCGUAAUAAUUCCUUUCUAGAGCACAGUAUCUUGAACGCUAUUGCGGGAAUUGCAGAACAAGAGAAAAGUCGACGUUCAAAGGACAGCACCAUUGCUGACACAGGAUACUUAUGCCAGAACUUACUAGUUUAUACUUCCCAUGAACCAUGCAUUAUGUGUUGCAUGGCACUUGUCCAUUCAAGAAUUUCCAAAAUUACAUACAUCAAGCCAGUUCCCAGCACAGGUGGGUUAGAAAGCCAUUACCAGCUAGGCGACCGCCCAUCAUUAAAUUGGCGAUUCAAAAUUUGGAAGUGGAUAGGAGAGGAGGAGAUGCAAAAACUCGAAAGUAUCGACACUGUUGAUCGUGCAACGAACUUCCAUGCAUGA